UUUUUUUUUUCGUUUUCAAAAUGUUCCCAUUUGUUUUCUCAUUCAAAGACGCAUCUAUUUCAGGAUCUCUGGGUCAGUCCAGAACGUUCCGGGCUCAAGGAGUCAGAGAUUGAAAACACGUGUCUACUACAACUUGUGGAUUUGUGCCUCAAAUGAACUUCAUCUCGAAGGUCGGUACAAUGAGACGGCUUCAUCGUUUGGGACUCGUAUUGUUUGGUCUUCUGUUACUGUUCAUCGUGUUUGUGAGGUUUUUUGAAAGCCAUCUGAGGAAAUGUCAGUUUCCCCCUGCUGCAAAGCCAGAACCUGGAGACCACGUAGACAACUCCCUGGAUCUCUGCUCCCGAACCGAUGUGACGACAUCGACGGACUGGGGAGCUCCCAUUUUGUGGGACGGGAUGUUUGAUCCUGACACCUACGACAAGUAUCACCAAAAAAUGGGCACCUCUGUGGCACUGACUGUGUUCGCCGUCGGGAGAUAUCUGGAAGUGUACCUGAUGGAUCUGCUGUCCUCAGCGGAACUCCACUUUAUGGAGGGUUUACCGGUGACGUACUACGUGUUCACCGACGCCCCAGAGAACGUGCCGGGGCUCCAGCUGAAGACUGGCCGGGCCCUGGAGAUCAUCAAGAUCAAGAGGCACGAGCGCUGGGAGGACAUCUCCAUGAUGCGCAUGAAGACCCUCGCAGACGCCGUCCAGACACGCAUCCGUCACGGCCACCGGUACGUCUUCUGCCUGGACGUGGACAUGGUCUUCGCCGGUCGCUUCGGCUCGGAGGCACUCGGGGAGUCGGUUGCCCUGCAGCACUCCUCCUUCUACAACACCCCCAAGGUAAGGUACACCUACGACCGCAACCCCAACUCCACGGCCUGCAUGGAGACUGGGGACCUGUACUACCACGCGGCCGUGUUCGGGGGCACGUGGGAGUCCGUGGUGAACCUGACCGAGAGCUGUCACCGGGGCAUAAUGACGGACAAGAGGAAGGGGGUGCAGGCUCUGUGGCAUGACGAGAGCCACCUCAACAAGUACUUCUGGCUCAACAAGCCCAGCAGAGUGCUCUCGCCAGAGUAUGGCUGGAACCCCCUCAACGGGCCCAGCCGAGAGAUACACGUCAAGAGGCUGCUCUGGGCUGAGAAACACUACAGCAGACUCAGGACCUAGAGCACUGGUAGGUGGAAUGGACAAAGUGAUUAUCUCUCGGCUCUGGAAAAUGGAGUAACCUGUUUCCUUUUCGGAGAUAGAGAAGUAUGGCUGGUAUAGGAGUGUCAACCUUUGACCUUUCGUUGCUCUGAAUAAGAGUCUACUAAAUUCCUGUAAUGUAAUGUAAAAAAAUAUAUUUAUGUUAUUUAUGUUAUCGGGUGAUUAUGGCAAUGGUUGCCAUUUAAAAUGUUCUUGUGUAAUAAACCAGACACACUGUGGAAUGUAAUGAUACUGAAUAAUGGGAAAAUAAAAUGAUUGUGAAUUAAA